AUGAUACUGGGACCACGGCUAGCUCCCGAGGAGAUUAUACUAGGACCACGGCUAGCUCCCGAGGAGGUUAUACUGGCACCACAGCUAGCUCCCGAGGAGGUUAUACUGGCACCACGGCUAGCUCCCGAGGAGGUUAUACUGGGACCACGGCUAGCUCCCGAGGAGGUUAUACUGGGACCACGGCUAGCUCCCGAGGAGGUUAUACUGGGACCACGGCUAGCUCCCGAGGAGGUUAUACUGGGACCACGGCUAGCUCCCGAGGAGGUUAUACUGGGACCACGGCUAGCUCCCGAGGAGGUUAUACUGGGACCACGGCUAGCUCCCGAGGAGGUUAUACUGGGACCACGGCUAGCUCCCGAGGAGGUUAUACUGGGACCACGGCUAGCUCCCGAGGAGGUUAUACUGGGACCACGGCUAGCUCCCGAGGAGGUUAUACUGGGACCACGGCUAGCACCCGAGGAGGUUAUACUGGGACCACGGCUAGCUCCCGAGGAGGUUAUACUGGGACCACGGCUAGCUCCCGAGGAGGUUAUACUGGGACCACGGCUAGCUCCCGAGGAGGUUAUACUGGGACCACGGCUAGCUCCCGAGGAGGUUAUACUGGGACCACGGCUAGCUCCCGAGGAGGUUAUACUGGGACCACGGCUAGCUCCCGAGGAGGUUAUACUGGGACCACGGCUAGCUCCCGAGGAGGUUAUACUGGGACCACGGCUAGCUCCCGAGGAGGUUAUACUGGGACCACGGCUAGCUCCCGAGGAGGUUAUACUAGGACCACGGCUAGUUCCCGAGGAGGUUAUACUAGGACCACGGCUAGCUCCCGAGGAGGUUAUACUGGGACCACGGCUAGCUCCCGAGGAGGUUAUACUGGGACCAUGGCUAGCUACUAAAAUGUUAUACUGGCACCACAGCUAG